AUGCCAUCCGCACCGCCGGCGACGCGGGCUGCAGGCGCCAAGCUGGUCGGCACAUGGCUGCGUGUCAAGCCGGCGCUGCGCACGGAGGCUGCGGAGCUGCUGCAGCGCUGGCGCUCCUCGCUGCCUCCGGGGGGGAGGCUGCUGGGGGUGCCUUUGCCGGCGGCGGAGGCGGGGAGCGCCGCUACCCUGGCGCUGACUCCCGUGGCGUUGGCCGCGGUGCCGAGCUGGCCGAGUCCAGCGGUUGCGCCGGAGGUGGCGGCGGUGACGCCGGCGGCGGGGUCGUUGCCGCGCUACAAGGUGGUCGCUGGCGGCGGCUGCGACGCGCGUGCCUCCCUCCCCUUGCGGCUGCUCUCGCGGGAUGAGUGCUUCGCGUACGCACAGACGAUGCGGCUGACCCACAUCGGCUCCACCACGGACGAGGCCGAGUUCCCCGGGUGCGUGGUGUGGCAGGAAAAGCACGUCGAGUUCAACGAGCGCGGGAGCGCGGCCGCCGGGUGCGAGUCGGUUGAGCGCAACCACGGCCGCUGUGUGUGCGCAGAGGUGUGACUGUGACGUACCAUAGCAUUGGGACAGUGUGUGUAUGAUCAGAGUAGAGAUGUUUUGUUUUCUUUGUUUAUAUC